GCCAUGCUCUUGUGUAACAGACAGAGGAGAUAUGAGGGAGAGUAACUGAGGACAGAGAAGAGAAGAGAAGAAGAGGCAACACAAGGGAGGAAGAGAGGAACAAACACGGAGAGAAGUUGUACACUAGUCUUUAAUGGUUUUUAUGGAUGAAAGAUCUUACGGGAAUCAUGGAGAGACAUGUCCAAGUGCACAUACUUCCAUGCACGUAAACCCGCAGACUCUGCAAAGGCUUUUUAAAAGCGCCAGGAUGAUGCACGGCCUUUGCUUUGAAGGACGGUGGGGACGGACACAUGUCCUUCUUGUCAUCUGGCUUUCAGUCCUAGCAGCCGCUCCACCCAAAGCACUUGGCUAUUUCCUGGGAGACACAAAGGCAGUAUUAAAUGGCUGUCAGGACCACUGGACCCUGCAGGACAGGGCCGCCAUGCCGUUUCUCUUUCAGAUGACUUUGUGUGUCGACAUCCGUGUGGUCGUCCCCGGAGCCUGGGUGGCCUUCUCCUACAGCUCUGUCCACGCACCCCGACCUGAGCUGGGUCUGGAGGGGGAUGAUGAUGCACUGUAUGGAUGGCUGCUAAGGGUCCGUCACCGAUUUCCCAUCCGGCUGUCCCCAAAACACUGGCAUAGAGUGUGUCUAAGGAGAGAUGUACAACGCAACUCAUUUAGCCUGGAGGUUGAUGGGAAAUCGGUGGCAGAAAGGACAGUCAUCGCUCAGGCUAUCCCACCUGCUGGCUCCCUGUGGCUGGGCUGCCGUCCCAGAGACCAGUCCCCAGGAGACAAGCUGGGGGAAGUGGAGUUGUACCUGUUCCGCAUGUGGGGAGACCUGGGUAACCAUGGUCUCUGCGAAGACGGGUCUGUGAUUGGCUGGAAUGCUUACUAUUGGGGUGUGACCAGUCCCAGAGCCAGACAGAGAGACCCCACACUUCUGUGUGACCACAGACGGUUAAGGCGUGGGGCACGUGUUCUCAGAAGUGUGUCAAAUGCACCCACAACUGGAGUUGGACGGUUAUUCUCACCUACACCUGUGCCUUCCCCUACAUCUACCUCGACUCCUGUCAUAGCAACACCUGUCUCUCAUGUGAGUGACCAGACUUCUGAGAUCCCAGUCCUUUCCUACACUGCUGUUCCUGCGUCUGACACCAGCUCGGCCAAUCAGAUGUCAACCAGCACCCAAAAGACUCCACUCACAACUCUGCCGGUAGACCAAACCCCUGGAAGAACAUCUGGCUCUUCAUUAGUAAAUUGUGACAUCAGCCAACUCUGCUCCAAUGACAGUGCUUACUUUUGGAUGACUGUAGAUGUGACGGCCAGGAGCGGCAGUAAGACUGAACAAGAUGUUCAGACCUUGGUGUCAAAUGCAUUCAGUUGCACCAGUGAUGGGAGUGAUACAGCACAGCGAGUAACAGACUUUAUAGAUUUCUGUCAAGGUGACAAAUUAAUUCAGACAGUACAGGUAAACUGCAGUGCAAAAAGUAACAUAAGACAAACAACCUGCAAUGUGCUGCUGCAGCUCAGCCACUCUGUUUCAGCGUGUGAGCUGCAGCAUGCUGGAGACUCUGCACUGCAGCAAGCUGCUGACACACAAAUAGAAGUGAGAAUCACAGGAGAGGUGGAGAGAGUCGGUCGGGGUAUUUGUGGGGAUGUAGAGCCCUCCAGUGGCAGGUUUGUGAGGUGUACAUCCACAUCUUCCCUGGAUGAUAUUUGUCACGCUAACAAAACCCCCACGUUUAUAUGUUCGCUCUUAGAACCCAACUUAUACCAAGCUCCACAACCUGAUAAAGGAUUUGGCUGCACUGAAGCGCCUCGCUUUUGUGACUGCACUGCUUUCUGCAAUUCCUCAAGACAGUUUUUUGCCAUUAGAAUCAAUAUUAACAGUGCCUCUGUAAAUAUUGCCCUCAUAAAAAGAAUGUUGUCUGGACUUGCCCGCAUUUGUCAGACAAUGUCAGCGUCAGUCCAGGAGUGCCAAAAUACUUUAGGGCGCUACCAGCAAGCUCAUUUGGGAUGCCAUGGGACAGAACAGAGGUUGUACAGCUGCAUGGUGAUAUUGCAGAUGUCUGGACCUGUCAACGGUUGCUUCCUGCAAAAACUUCUGCAGAAAAUGAUUGACAGCAACGAUGACAUAACAAACGAAAGGCCACUUACACGCAUGGUGGUUUGUGGUCCUCCUGGUUUGGCAAUCCCUACUCUGUUGGUGUCCAACCUGACCUGGGUUGAAAGUGACCUGCUGAUGUCACACGUCUGCCAACCUGACCCCACUCGGCUUAAAUGUGAGGCGAAGGAGAGCCUUGCUGUACUUCUGACUGACAGCUGCCCUUGGGAGACAACCAAAACCACGCAAAGCACAACUUUGCCUUCCACACCGAACAACAAUCUCUUUACAGCUUCUGAAACUUUAACAUCAUCUGUGACCAACCCAACUAAACAAACUAACACUACUGUAACAUCUCCAUGGACAAAUGCCUCACAAGGAACAGCUCAUCCUAACAUCAUUAUUUCCCUCACAACAAAUAACAGCACACACUCCUCAACAAAACAGCCUGUCCUAACAACGACCUUACAAAACAUGACUUUCAGUACAGCAACACAAAACACAACUUUGCCUACUAACACAACACCUACUGACAAAACAAAACUGCAUAACACAACCACAGUUCACCAAGGCACAACAGAAUUUAUACCAUUAUCUUCUGGUAACUCAACAUUACAAAUCACCACAGCAGCCCCUAUUGUAUCACUUUACACAGCUGGAGUGUCUCCAAAUCACACGAUAGACACAACAGUUGAUACAGUUACAGACACUGCUAAAAACACAACAUUGUACAAUGUGACUACAACUAGCACAUUUAAACCUUUUACCAAGUCUAAUGCAACUACAUCUACAACCACUAAAAAUCACACAACAGAGUACAAUGCUACUACAGUUAUACCUUCUACCAACCAAACAAUAAAGUACAAUGUAACUGCAGUUACUCCUUUUGCCAACCACACUACAGAGAACAAUGCAACUACAGUUACAAUUUCUACCAAUCCUACCAUUGACAACAAUGUUACUAGAGUUACACCUUUUGACAAUCACACAACAGAAUACAAUGGUACUAUGGUUAUGCCUUCUAACAAUCAGACAACAGAAUACAAUGUUACUACAGUUAUACCUUCCACCAACCACACAGCAAAGUACAAUUUAACUACAGUUACUCCUUUUACCAACCAAACAACAGUAAACAAUGUAACUACAGUUAUACCUUCCACCAACCACACAGCAAAGUACAAUUUAACUACAGUUACUCCUUUUACCAACCACACAGCAAAGUACAAUUUAACUACAGUUACUCCUUUUACCAACAUCACAACAGAGUACAAUACUACUACAGUUAUACCUUCCACCAACCACACAGCAAAGUACAAUUUAACUACAGUUACUCCUUUUACCAACCAAACAACAUUAAACAAUUUAACUACAGUUACUCCUUCUACCAGCAUCACAACAGAGUACAAUGUAACUACAGUUACUCCUUCUACCAGCAUCACAACAGAGUACAAUGCAUCUACAGUUAUACCUUCCACCAACCAAACAGCAAAGUACAAUUUAACUACAGUUACUCCUUUUACCAACCAAACAACAGUAAACAAUGUAACUACAGUUAUACCUUCCACCAACCACACAGCAAAGUACAAUUUAACUACAGUUACUCCUUUUACCAACCAAACAACAGUAAACAAUUUAACUACAGUUACUCCUUCUUCCAACAAAACAACAGAGUACAAUGUAACUACAGUUAUACCUUCCACCAACCACACAGCAAAGUACAAUUUAACUACAGUUACUCCUUUUACCAACCAAACAACAGUAAACAAUGCAACUACAGUUACUCCUUCUACCAACAUCACAACAGAGUACAAUGCUACUACAGUUAUACCUUCCACCAACCACACAGAAACGUACAAUUUAACUACAGUUACUCCUUUUACCAACCAAACAGUAAACAAUUUAACUACAGUUUUACCUUCUACCCACCACACAAAAGAGUACAAUGUAACUACAGUUACUCCUUCUUCCAACAAAACAACAGAGGAGAAUGCUACUACAGUUAUACCUUCUACCAACAACACAACAGAGUACAAUGCUACUACAGUUAUACCUUCUACCAACACAACAAUACUGUACAAUGUAACUACAGUUACCCCUUUUGCCAACCACACAACAGAGUACAAUGCAACUACAGCUACAAUUUCUACCAAUCCUACCACUGUCAACAAUGUUACUAGAGUUACACCUUUUAACAAUCACACAACAGAAUACAAUGGUACUGUGGUUAUGCCUUCUACAAACUACACUACAGAGUACAAUGUGACUACAGUUACUCCUUCUAACAAUCAGACAACAGAGUACAAUGUAACUACAGUAACACCUUCUUACAAUCAGACAACAGAGAACAAUGUGACUACAGUUACUCCUUAUACCAACCACACAAAAGAGUACAAUGUAACUAGAGUUACUCCUUCAACCAACAUCACAACAGAGUACAAUGCUACUACAGUUACCCCUAUCAACCACACAACAGAGUACAAUGCAACUACAGUUACAAUUUUUACAAAUCCUACCACUGACAACAAUGCUACUACAGUUAUACCUUCCACCAAUCACAUAAAAGAGUACAAUGUAACUAGAGUUACUCCUUCAACCAACAUCACAACAGAGUACAAUGCUACUACAGUUACCCCUAUCAACCACACAACAGAGUACAAUGCAACUACAGUUACAAUUUCUACCAAUCCUACCACUGACAAUAAUGUUACUAGAGUUACACCUUUUAACAAUCACACAACAGAAUACAAUGUAUCUAUAAGUAGCAGCGACAAAAAACAAGACAACAGUACAUUUACAACAAAGAACACAACAGUUAGCCCAUUUACAGCCUCUCCCAACCACACUGUAGUAAUUAAUGUAACUGCAGCUUCCAACAAUCACACAACAGUCCCACACAGUUAUUCAAAUCAGUAUAACCGAACUACAGCCGAUGGCAAUUGGGACUCACACAAUAGUUCAUUUACAACAAGUAAUGCAACAAUAAACACAUUUACAGCAUCCCACAAUUACACAACUGUGAAAAAUACAACUACUACGACUGCAUCUCAAAACAAAACAGCAACAGAUAAUGUAACCACUUCAUCUAUCAUUGAAACACAACAGACCACAACUGCUCCCACUUCCAAACAACCUAACGUAACUCUCAGUGGUGAAAUAACUUCCACACAAUACUCAACUGUGGAUAAUCUGACAUCUGUUGAUGACAACAUAACUAAACCUACAGAAGAUCCACUUAACAAUCAGACUGAAUAUCCCACCACAUCUAGAGUUACACACCACACCACAUCAACCAACAAAACGGACAACUUCACCACAGUGGCCAAGAGUACCACAGUACGCAGUCCAACCAAUGAGUUCAACCUGACCACUAAAGAAGUUCAUUUGAAAACUACAACAGCCAAAGCUUCCUUUGAAACUUCAAAUCCAACCACACCAACUACGCAUGGCACACUUCCAUCCCAGAUAAACUCUACUACUGCAAAGGUUUCCUUGACUACUUCUACAACAACUCUCCAGAUCACCACCCACCCCAAAGAAACCACAACGUUACCUGAGACAACUACAAGCCAAGAGGCACAGGAAAAACUAGCAAACGAGCUGCUGAAUCAAACACAAAAUGCUUCUCAGCUGAACUCUUCUCAGGUUGCAAAGGUGGUUGGGAUCUUGGAGAAGAUUCUGGAUGGCCCCUUUGUCUCUAAAGCAGUGGGACAAAAGGUCAUCAACAUUGUCAGCAACCUGAUGAAGGGCAACUCAGUGGCCCUCUCUGCAUCUGCGAACAGGCUGGUUCAAGUGGUAGAGGAUGUAGGUCUUAAGUUGAUUGUCCCUGGUGACAGACAGAUCCUUUCCUCGGGUUCGGUGGUUCUAGCAGUGAGGAGUGUCGACGGGACCAACUUUCCAUUAACAUCUUUUAACAUUUUCAACACUGAUAAUGUCCAGAUCCGUGCAAUCAGCGGAUCCAGGACCAAGAGGUCAGGUUCUGCUCUUGGGUCUGUUUCUUUGCCCUCCUCCCUCACCGCGGGUCUCAGUCCUGAAGAGCAGCAGCUGGCAAACAGGGUCCAAUUUACCUUUUACACCAAACCUGCCCUAUUCCAGGAUGAUGCAUUGAACAACCAAACCCUUGUCAGUCCAGUCCUGGCUGCCAGUGUGGCUAAUCUGUCAAUCAGAAAUUUGGCUAAGAACAUUCAGUUUACCAUCCGAAAUGUCAACCCCGUAAAUGAAAACUAUUCAGCCUCCUGUGCGUUUUGGGACUUAAGUCGGAGUGGCAGGGGAGGCUGGAGCUCUGCUGGCUGCUUUGUUGUCAGCACUACACCAGAAGAAACAACCUGCAGCUGUAACCAUCUCACAAGUUUUGCAAUUCUGCUGGAUUUGUCCAGAGAAGGAAUGGUUGACCGUCAGCAUGCAGAGAUUCUUACGUUCAUCACCUACAUCGGCUGUGGAAUCUCUGCCAUUUUCCUCGCACUCACUCUACUCACUUAUCUUUUAUUUGAUAAACUGCUGCGGGAUAUUCCUGCCAAGAUCCUGGUUCAACUCUGCAUCUCCCUCCUCUUCCUCAACCUUGUCUUCUUGCUGGACGGCUGGCUGGCCCUUUACCCAGCGGUUGGGCUGUGCAUUAGCACUGCUUUCUUCCUGCACUACUUCCUGCUCACAUCCUUCACCUGGGCGGGGCUAGAGGCCCUGCACAUGUACCUGAGCAUCGUCCGGGUGUUCACUCCCUACCUGAGCCGAUACAUGCUCAAGUUCUCACUGAUAGGCUGGGGCGUCCCUCUUCUUGUGGUGAUUAUUAUAAUAUCAGUGGACAAAGAUAACUACGGUGUGGUCACUUAUGGAAAAUACACAGAUGGCACUUCAGACGACUUCUGUUGGCUGCGGAAUGACAUCGCCUUCUAUGUGGGAGUGGUGGCCUACUUCCUCGUGAUCUUUGCUCUGUGUCUGCUGGUCUUCAUUAUUGUUAUGGUCCAGCUGAACCGGAUCAAGAAGCAGAACCCUCAGAACCAGCCUCCCAACAGGGGAGUGAUGACAGAUCUGCGCAGCAUUGCUGGCCUUGUAGUCCUGCUCGGCCUCACCUGGGGGUUUGCUCUGUUUGCUUGGGGACCCCUCUACUUACCUUUUGUUUACCUUUUCUCCAUAUUCAACUCUCUUCAAGGAUUUUUUGUCUUCAUUUUCCACUGUGCUGUGAAGGAGAAUGUCCGUAGGCAGUGGAGAACAUAUCUUUGCUGUGGGAAACUGCGUUUGGCUGAGAAUUCAGACUGGAGUCGGACAGCCACCCAGAACAGGAGGAAUCUUUCGGUUACCACUGCAACCACUUCAGCUCCCCACUUAACCUCUCGAAGCUCCUCCGUCAUCAGUGAUAGCACCAAUAGCAAUGGCUCUGUGUUUGCGGACAGCAGAAUAUCUGACAACUCCAACAGCGACGCGAUCCUCAACGAGAUUCACAGACGUAAUCUCUCAUCGUAAGGAGAGUCCUGACAAAUGGAUGCGGACGGUGAUAAGUCUCCUGCAGCAUGAGCAAACAGAAAAAAAAGCUAAUCACAGGAGUGGACGCUCACAGAAAUCCUCAGUAUUACUCAAUAUGCACGCUUUCCAGGUGUAAUGAAGGACAGAAGAAGUGAGACUGAAGUACCUUUCACGAGGAGUAUGAUUAUUUCUUCACUUGGUGCCUUUUCUACAUGAAGAGUAGAAUAUAUGAAGUGUACAGUAGGUGUGCUUCUGACUGAAUACAAUCAUUAUUUCACUGUUACAUCCAACUUAGUUGGCUUAGUUGUAUAGCUUGUUCUAAGCUCUUAUUACUGUUUGCAUGAAUCAAAUGAUAUCAAUACAUUUGACCAUCUUUGUAAUAUUUACACUUAAACACACAGGAAUCAUAAGUGGAAAUGGAAUAGGAAAUUCAAAAGGUAUGUUUUUAGUUUUCUGCCAUUAUAAAAGAAAGGACUGUAAUCUCCCACAAAUGUCAAUUAUAUCUACCAGAGACUGUUAUCUUUUCAUAAAGAUAGUUUUAUUCGAAACUCUAAAGGUGCCAGGGUUUGGCAAGUAAAGAAUGCGGACCCAAAAGCAGUAGGAACAGGGGAGGCAGGUAUGGGAGUAUAACAAAAAGCCAGCUUUGUUCAAAUCCAAGCUGUUCCUUAAUAAACACAAAAGGGAGCGGUGGUGUGGGGUGGGGUUGAAAUACAGGGGGAAACACAAUGAGACAAUCAGACACAUGAGGGGAAACAUAGAAGGAAGACAUGUUAAGACACAAGGAGAAAUGCAAAAUAAAACAGGAAACUAUACACACAAAACUAAAAUCAUGAGAAAGAGCAAACCAGUGAGCGAAAACACCAGCAGAAUUGGGCCCUGUGAGUGUGCAUGUGUGAAGGGAAGGACACAAACAGAAUCCACUUCAAGACACUGGUACUGGCCAACUGAGCUCUGAAGGGAUCAGCCCCUUCCUACAUCUAGGCCUUGGUUAAACCAUACAAUCCAGCACGUGCACUUCCAAUCGGCUUGCUAACCCAUCUCUGCAAGAUGAACCCAGUAACCCCUCAAAAACACACUGGUUUGCUGUUCUGGCUCCUAAAUGGUGGAAUGAGCUGACAUCAGGACAUCAGAAACUUUGCAUUUAUUCCGUCGCAGACUGAAAACGCAUGUGUUUCGAUUGAACCAUGGCAAUUAAAUUGCAACAUAAAAAGAGAAAAUAUUGUAAUGACUUAGGCCCUGUAACAAAGUCACCAGCACUUACAAGGGUAGGACAUGCUUAAAGUGAGUAAAUCUGCCGUUCAGAUUUGAUUCUCUAUGUAUUUUGCACCUAUUGUAAGUCGUUUUGGAUAAAAGCGUCAGCCAAAUGAAAUGUUAUGUAAUAUAUGUGUUAUCAAGCAUUUUGUUGUUGGAUUUUAAUCACUGAUAUGACAUAUAGCCAUCUAUUUAUUAUUCCAAUUCUUUUUAAUUGAAUCUCUGUAAAGAAACAGCAGGAAUUAAUCAGUCCUGCCCCCCACUUUGCUCCACUUUGGCGUUACGGCUGGACCGAUUGCCCAUUGGUUGCCGAUCAUAAUUUUCACAGAGACAUCAGGAGUUUAACAGCCAGAUAUUUAAUACAUUUUCCGAGCUUCA